AUAAUAAGGUGCAGGCCAUUACUCCCCCUCCAUCACCCCUCCGCACGAGGCUUAUAAGCCCUCUGUCUCCAUUACACAUUCUCGAGCCGCCACGCGCGCAUAAAGGAGCGCCGCUGAGUCCCGUCACCCGCUUCUCCACCUGAACGCUUGCAAGGCCGGCAGUCGACGUUUCUGCGGAAGCGCCUACUACUACCUCGUGGCGACUAUUAGAACCUGACUAUAGAUACACGGAUUGUUAUGGCAGAGCAGAUCACCCAAGAUGUGGUAAAGGAAGCACAGUCGAUGGGUGAGUCCUCGCCCAUCGACGCUACUGCGACAACUACCAUUGACUCCGCCGGCGACGGCGAGGUGCCCUCGGACCGUACGACCGCCAGCCCAAAGCCUUCAAAUGCUCUUCCUACACCUCCCCCAAGCACAAGCGAUGCUGGAGCCGAUGCUCCCCCCUCAACAGACAAGGCCGUCGAGAAAAAUGCGACUAUGGGUGGCAGCAAGGACGCAGAUAUUGGGGUACUUCAGGCUGAUGGAGAGCAGUUCGCGGUGCUAGAACCUCCUAACAGACAACUUGACCCAUCGCUGUCCAAAGCAGAGGUGCCACUGGUGAACGGAGAUGCCGGGGAUCUUUCUGCACCGGAGGACGCCACCUCUCAACAUGCCCUUGCGGAAGUCAGCGGUGGUUCUGAUACAGAUAUCAGCCGACCGGGGAGCGUGGACCAAGCGAAUGAGAGGCCUGGACGGCACUUGCGCUCGAAUUCAAUCCAGAAGCCAAAGUCAUUCAAGUCUGUCUCCGUGACGAAGAAUUUUCUUGCAAAAGCGGUAACUACGCCGGUGGCGCGACCAGGAGAAAAGGCACCCCCAGUCGGCCAGACAAAUGCAUCACUACUGCAAAGCGCGAAGCCUCGACUAGUUGCUAAAUCUGGGAGUGGCUUGGGAUCAGUCAUGCGCACGUCGUUAGCAAAGACGAAUGGGGCAGGGUCUGGUCCUGAUGCAACUAAAGUGUGGAACAAAAACCAACCGGUACCUCCACCACCUCCGAAGCAGUUCACGGAUGAAGAGCUCAAGCAGCAAUAUGGGAUCCAUUUGGCCACUCGGCUACAGGCAGACGACACGAACAAGGAGGCUAAGUGGGCGGACAUCGACGACGACGAGGAUGACUGGGCACCUGAAACGGUAGAAUGGAUGGAUGGCACCAAAUCUACAGUCAACACGACGGAAGCCCAGAAGCCCCCGGAGGAACCCAAGCCUAGUAUUCUAAGGAAGGAAACGCCUGAACCUGUUAGACCUGGUCCGGCUCCUACUGCCAUUCAACGACCUAGUUCGACUGGUGGAACUAAGACGAUUCUGAAGCCAGGUGCUCACACGAGCUCCACCAAAUCCAACCUAGUUCUUAAGGGUGCUCCCGAGAAGCCAACACUGGUGGCGAAGCCAUCCGCUCCAGCACAAGUCAAAUCGCCUUGGGCACCACUCCCGCCUGUAGAAAAAGUCUCGCCUGUACAAAUUAAUCCCCCUAAUCACCCGCCGCCACCGUCACGUUUCUCUCAGCGCGAUCCGCACGGAUUUGAUGCUUUGCCUCCUGUUCCUAGUACCACCAAGGAGUUUGCGCCAGACGACUUCAACCGGUCAUGGAGAGAUGAGCGCGGCAACAAGGAGCUGUUCAAUUCACACAAUGGUCGCUACGAGCCUGUCAACGAGAUGCGGCGAGGCUCAAUCCGCAGCAACGAGUUCAGGCAGCCUUCGGUGCUUCAGCGACCCUCUCCACAAGGAGCGCCUGCCGAGCCCUCGGCGGCAUUCCAAACCUCACGCUCGAGUGGCGAUGCUCCAACAUGGGGCAGGCGGCGCAAUUCAUCAAACGUUAGUGGGGGAAGCGGCCGUCGGCCAUCAUUCGCGCCUGACAUGCCACCCAUUCCACUUGACAUGCAGCACCGACGCGGAUCACAGUCGAUGACUGGCUCAGACAUUGGGACACCUGGAGGGACCCCUCGCCUGGCCUUUGCGCAGCGUCAUCACGCUCCUGAGCACGGCAUCUCACCUGCCGAGCAACAUCACUCCUGGACGCAGCGAUCGUCGCCGAACAUCAGUCAUGUGCAGCCGACCUCACCUCUCGAAUCCAUAAGCUCAGGUCCCGGCGACGCAGUCCAUACACCCGCCCAGCCCGUAGAGGACCCCGUCGCAGUGCAGAAGCGGCUCAUGCAAGAGAAGAUUGAGCGCGCGAAACUCGAGAAAAAGCGCCAGCAAGAAGUAGAAGCCAAGGAGGAAGCAGCCAGAAAGGAGCGCCUCAGGCUGAAACUCGAAGCCAUGGGGAUGGGUGAGAGCAAGGACAAGCCCAAAGAGCCAUCGCCGUCACGAGCUGCAGAGAAGUCGCCCCAGAAAGAGCGAGCGCUGCCAGCGCCGAUGCAGUCGCCCCCGAAGCCGCCAGUUCCUCAGUCCGAGGGCGAGGUUGCGCAGUACGGCAUGAUGAAAGUACACCAGCCGCACCCCGUCCGGAAAGCCAGCCACGUCUCCGACGCGAGCAUCCCAGAGCUGCGAGCAGCGCCCAAGGCCAGCAGUGAUGCGCCGCCGCAGGUUGCGUCAAAGCGCAGUCCCUCACCACUGAAGGCGCUGAGUGCCGGAGAGGCGCCGAAGGCGGUGUCGCCGCCGGCUCUGCCUCUUCACGACAUUUCACCUGACAAUAGAGCCCCACAGGGGAACAAUAGCAAGCCCCAGCCUCCUCAAUUACAACAAUUGGAAGCGAGUGAGGACCGUGCUGCGCACAACGUAUUUAAAGAGCGGCCGCCGCCCACCUGGACCUCGUCCUCCAUCUCUUCUUCACACUCUGUUCCUUCCUCUCAAGCGAUCACUUCUUCUCAAGACGCACUCACUGCCUGGAGCAGUGGCCUUUCUAAAGCACCAUCUUCUUCUACCAACGUUUGGGGUCCUCCUCAUAAAGCACUUGGCAACGGCACGUUUGAGACCAGCUUCAACCGAACAUCGUUACGCCCAGCUUCGCAGCAGCAGCUUCAGGCAAGCAGCUCACCAGGCCCAAUCGCUCCGCCUUCGUCGCUCAGACUGUCUCCUGCUCAGCGCGCAGCUGUGCCGACUCAAUCUCAAGAUCAAUCUCAAUCCAGACAUCCCCAUCCUCCAACCGUCGACAUGGGUAAUACCCGUAACCAUGGCACCGCUCUGACCAACUGGUCUGCCAGCGCUACUUUGGAAGGCCACGGUCCUCACGACAACUGGAACGGGUAUGGGAGCUACAUCUUGCUUUCCGAUGCCCUGGCUAUCGCUAAGAGCCACGAAAUGGCAAAGGUGCUCGGCGACAACUACAAGCACGAGAUUCGUGAGCGUUUCACUCCCAGUGUCGGCCGCAAUCGCAAGACCGUCACCACUCGCUACGCUCCAGCCGGCGGUCACCUGGCUGUACAGGAACCGACCGACGAAGCCCAGUCUGCGGAGACCGCCAACACCACCAACGCUCCCGCUAUCGCCGAGGCCAAUCCUUUCUUCGGGAUCCCACCUCACCUUCGCCCAGCUGCCCGGGCUGCAGCAGCUGCAGCCGCUGGAGAGGCUGCUCCCGUCCAGAGCAUCCCACCGCACCUUCGUGCUGCCGCGCGCAAGGAAUCGCGCUACUUCGCAGGAGGUCGUGAGGACUCGUCGUCGCAGGCCUCUGGUGCCUCGCAGCAAUCCGACUCUCCACCUCCUCCCGAGACCCAGUCUCACCCGGUGUUCGACAGCGAUUCGGCGCGCCCGAAAGUCAACUUGCCAAUUCCCAAGGCAGUGGUCAAGCUCCCACCAGCUAAGUCGCCUCCAGUCCAGCGCGCUGUCCUGGCGACCCGCGCAAAGUCCACUGCAGCUCUCGGCGCUCAGCCCCUCGCCAACACCGAAGCCUGGCAGGCGCGGUUCAAUGGUCUGUUCAACAAGAAGGAAGUCGCUCCGACCGGCUCUACUGGCAAGCCAAAUCUCCUCGCUGUCGCUCCUGCCACCAAGGCCCCACUUGUCGAUGUCGCCAGUGUGAACUCGGCAACGGUCUCUCUGCCGGUCGCCAUCAAGUCGUCAUUCGUCAACGACGGCAGCAAAGACGUUCUCUCUCGCGCCAGUCCCGAAGACACCCUCUUCGAUGACCGUACCUUCGGUUCUGUUCCGGUCGUCAAGUUGCCAGAGGUCCCGCAUGGCUCGGCCAGUCUGCCGGCAGUUCAUGCUCGCCUAAACCUCAAGUCUCAACGCCCAGUCGACUCCACCAGCAAGACCGAGCUUGCCAUUGGCAAGGAAGACGAGACGGCCAAGGGCAUCAACGUCAAUGUCCGCGUCGGCAACUUGACCGAGCCCGUCACCAAGACGAUGGCUCCCCGCCGCAACGAUCGACGAGCUUCGGGAUAUCAGAAGCGUUCUUUCCCUCCGCGCAACAACUCGAACAAUACCCAAAACCCCCGCGGCAGGAAUCAGUCUGGCAGCUACCAGGGCCAAGGCGGUUCGUCUCAGAACACGACUCCACGCCCAGCCAACAACGGCUCUCGCUCUGGCUCAGGCAAUUGGAACAAUCGCAGCAACACCAAUACCUCGCAGCAGAAUGGUGCUUGGACCAAGCGUGUAGCUCCGGCUGUAGCGCAUUGAGCCCCGUAUCUUGCAUCUCUCGAUCUACAAUCGCUUGCACACCUGCAUCUACGGCGUUGGCUUCAUCGAUCGUUAUCGAGCACAGCAAAGAUC